UUACGAAUUUGUGACGCAUAUGUAUUUACUCGGCCACCGGAAACAAGAAGCACCACCACCGGAAGCAGGAAGUAUAUGUGUAAGUCGUCCAUGGAGCACACCCUAGGUGCCCCAUUAAGAUAUGUCAUGCCAAUGAGACAUCUAAGCUACUCGCUUCUCCGCCACAUUACAUCCAAUGCCCCUUCACCCACCAGGACAUGCCUCCUUCGGGGGCCCAACAAUGCUAUACCAUGUAGUCACAUACAUCAUCAAUGGAGGAGUGCUAGCACAGCUUUGAACCACCACACCCCGGACCUGAGCGGGCCUGAGCAGAGGCUGCUAAAUAAACUCUAUGAUGGACUCAUAGGGGGACAGCGGGCCGCUCUUGCAGAGUCCAUCACCCUGGUGGAGACGCAGCAUCCCCGGAAGAAAGAACUGGCCCAGGUUCUGCUCCAGAGGGUGUUGUCUUACAGGAGGGAGCAGGAGAACCGGAAUGAUGGGAAGCCCUUGGCUUUUAGAGUAGGUCUCUCCGGUCCUCCAGGAGCAGGGAAGUCCUCAUUCAUCGAGGUGGUGGGUAAGAUGCUGACAGGGCGCGGGCACAAAGUAUCAGUGCUGGCUGUUGAUCCGUCAUCCUGCACGACAGGAGGUAUCAUCUUUGGAGUGGAACACAUGACGACGAUGAGUCCUGAUUUGUCUUCUGUCAUUGCAGGCUCUCUGAUGGGUGACAAGACCCGCAUGACAGAACUCUCUCGGGACAUGAACGCCUUCAUCAGGCCGUCGCCGACCUCAGGAACGCUCGGCGGGGUCACCAGGACGACCAAUGAAGCCAUCGUUCUCUGUGAGGGCGCUGGGUAUGACAUCAUCCUUGUGGAGACUGUGGGUGUGGGACAGUCAGAGUUUGCAGUGGCGGACAUGGUUGAUAUGUUUGUGUUGCUGAUUCCACCAGCAGGGGGCGAUGAACUGCAGGGUAUCAAGAGGGGCAUCAUUGAACGGGCUGACCUGGUGGUGGUGACCAAGUCGGAUGGGGACCUGGUGGUGCCGGCCAGAAGGAUCCAGACGGAGUACACCAGUGCUCUGAAGCUACUCAGGAGGCAGUCCAAGUCAUGGAACCCCAAGGUCGUGCGGGCUUCCUCACACAUCGGCGAAGGCAUUCCUGAGGUGUGGGCCACAAUGGAGUCUUACCGAGAUGCCAUGUCGGCCAGCGGCGAGCUGCAAGGCCGACGCAGGGCCCAGCAGAAGGUCUGGAUGUGGAGCUUGAUCCAGGAGAACGUGCUCACCCAUUUCCAGCAUCACCCCAGCGUCGGGGAGGCUCUGCCCCAACUGGAGCGGAGAGUCGCCGGAGGGGACAUCUCCCCCGGCCUGGCCUCUGACAUGCUGCUCAAAGCCUUCCUGUCGUCGUCAUAGUCAGUGGGGGGGCGAUGGAGGGCUCGUUCAGCAACAUCUUGUGCAAUCAAUCCUAUCAAUACUUGACUUCUUUUAAACAAAUCUGGGCCAUUUCAAAGGACGUUUUUAUGCAGACCGCAGAAGAAUACUUCACUGACAACUGGAAUUCGUAAAUUUUUGUGAUGUUUAGGUGCAUUUGUAAAGAUUUGCACAAUACUUUGCUUAAAAGUAUGUCAACAUCGUAACAACAUUAUUAAAAUAAAGGCCUGUAAAGGACAUUUUAUUGCAUUUAGUGUCUGAGCUUAUAUUUAAUCAAGUUUUUUGUUCGUUAAACACUUAUUGUUGAGCAUAACUACCCAAUGUAGUCAACCAUUGUGUAUGGAUUGGAGGGGUGUAGCAAGCCAGAAAGCCAAGAAAGACAAAUAAUGUGCAAGUUCCAUUUCUGGUUCUAUAGUUAUCAUGCGUUAUCACCCAAGUUUCAUAAGAUUUUGGGGCGUUUUUUCCUAGAAUGUAAACAUACAGAACAAUUUCUUUUAAAUCAUCUAUGAAGCACAGAACUCGAAGUGAUAUAAACAAGGGCUUCACUAAACAAAAUGCAAACUACAAUCACGUAUGCAAACACCAAAAUGACAGCAUUAACAACUAUAUUAACUCUAAAAAUAUAACUAACAAUGUGUUAAGUUACUGUGUGAUGAUUAAAGCGUUAGUUCUUUUAUGAUUUUUAUGAUUUUUCUUAUGAUUUUGAAGUAAGCACUUGAUGCGGCUCAGACUAAAAUGACAGCAUCAACAACUAUAUUAACUCAAAAAAUCUAACUAUGAUCUUUUUUUUAUAAAACAAGUGCCACAAUGCAUGCUAUGAAGCCGAUAGCAUUUUGUUUCGAGUUAACGUAGUUAUUAUCCCCACUAGUAAUAGCAGUUGUAUGUAUGCGUUAUCUACAGUACCUGCUAACAAUGUGCUAAGUUACUGUGUGAUGAUUAAAGCGUUAGUUCUUUUAUGAUUUUUUUUUAUGAUUUUGAAGUAAGUACUUGAUGCGGCUUAGACUAAAAUGACAGCAUUAACAACUAUAUUAACUCUAAAAAUAUAACUAUCAUCAUUUUUUAAUAAAGCAAGUGCCACAAUGCAUGCUACGAAGGCGAUAGCAUUUUGUUUCGAGUUAACAUAGUUAUUAUCCCCACUAGUAAUAGCAGUUGUAUGUAUGCAUUAUCGACAGUACCUGCUAACAAUGUGUUAAGUAACUGUGUGAUGAUUAAAGUGUUAGUUCUUAUAUGAUUUGAA